AGCGUUGCAGGCGGUGGCUGCGCGGUAAAUGCAAAGGGAGGACGAGGCAGUGAGAAAGGGCAGCGGGCGAGAUUGAGAAAGAGGGAAGAGGCUGGGUACCUGGAGUUUAACUGGGCCCUUCCCCAACCCCGCUCAGUUGGGCACGUACCCCCGGGAACUGGCUGGUGCACUCCAGCCGAGGCCUAGCCCCUGCCCCGGGAUUCCCUUCUGAUACUGUCCCCGGGGAGGGGCAGGGCACCACUGAGGAGAAACCCCCGGGGGGACAAACUGACUGCCGCCAUCUUCUGCUUCUGGUGGUGAGUGGGACUGCAGAUGGAGCACGAGGAGAGUGUUAUUGUAAUCAGUGAUACUGAAGGAGAGAAUGAUGGUGAAACGUCAGUGUUUAUUGUAGAAAAUUCUUCAGACGUUGCUGAUGCAUCCAAGGAAAAAAGCACUGAAGUAAUUGAUGAAGAAUGUGGGCUUGCCAUUACAUACAGUAAAAAGGGCAAUGUGAUGCCACAUGCGCGUUAUGAUUGUGUGGAGCAAGACUUUACGCGCACAGAAAAUGAAAUAUCUGAGCCAGCAGGCAGCAAUGCAUUUUUCUGUGAGCAGUGCUAUUGUUACAUCUGUGACAAGCCUGCCUCUGAGUGUCAGUACUGGAAACUUCCUUCAGUUUGUCAUUGCAAUGCUCACAAUAAGAGUACGUACUGGAAAGCACAUCGGGAUGUUGCACUAACUGGUGCUCUUUCAAUAUUCAAUUUCAACCUGGUUGAUAUUGAUUCAGAACUUCGACAUGGAGGUGCCUUAUUGCAGAAAUUUUGGCUAGAACUUGCUAUGGAAUAUAACAAGUAUUUAAUGGGGAUAAUAACCACUCGGAAUUGCCUGAUCCCAUGUAACUGUAUUUGUCAUAAACAAGUUAAAAUAUUCUGUGAAAUGUGCCAUUUGAACCAUGUUGAGAUCCGACUGUACAGUUACACUGCAGUGUUUAAUGUUGUGAACAACUUUCUGAAUCGAGCAGAAAAUGAAAAGCCGAAAGCAGCUGCCAUUAUGAUGAUCGGAGUGGCGAAGGAAAUUCUCCUCCAUAAACAGCCCCCGCAGGAAUCUUUCAACAAAGAUGACCAGACAUCAUCUCCAAGGCAGGCAGUUCCGAUUUUUAUGCACAGAAUCACCAAUGCAUUGCAGAGAAUGCUGGUAUUGAGUGAUUUCCCACCUCAUCUAUUUAACAAGUUAAAGGCCUUUUAUAAAACCCUUCCGCUUCCUUCCUACUGCUAUGCAUUUACGAGUAGUCUUAAUGUGUUGUCCUGGGAGGACCCUUUUCUGACCUCCAUCCUAAGGGGUCAAAAUAUCACCGGGCACCGACAGAAGAAAGGCAAGAAAGAAGUGUUGUGGGAGGAUGUCACUGUUUUGCAGGCACGAGUGGAAAGAAUGGAGGCAAGAAAAGAGUACAGGGAAUUGAUCCGAUAUCUACGAGUGGUAAAAUGCAGUGAUACGUUAAAGUUACGAGCCCUACAAGAUAAAAUUCCAUUCUACUUUUGCAAGUGUGGAGAUUUUCACGCCGCCACGCAAUCAUUUCAUUCUAAUUCCAGCCUUUCUUGCUGCACAGCCUGCCGUUUAACACCUUACCAAUACAUGAUAUACUUAAAAAUUCUCAAGACUGGAACUGUACCCACUGGUUGUGAACUUUCAGAGGAAGGAAACUGGAUAUUUGUGAAAGGUGCUAGUUUGGUAAACGAUUGUUUACUACUAAAAUGCGCACUCAGGAUCCUAUUUGUGAAUGAAGUACUCUACGGAGCUGUUCACUGCUGGAGCAGACUGAUUCAAAUUCAGUGCAAUUCGUUCAAAUUGACAGAAGAUGUGCUACAAGUGCCACCUCCUAUAUUUGUGAACACCACAGCUGUCCAUGCUACAGCAAUCAUUGAAGAUCUGAAGAAUGGAAUAGUGGGCAUACCUAAGGCCUUUUCCUCUGCGUUUCACAGAGAAUCUGCAUUGAUUCUUGUAACGGUGGCUACUGCUCAGAUGCUACAUCAGAAUCUCUCUAUGAUCAACAUUGUUCUGCCUUUAGUUGUAGCUUAUGGGAAAAAUUUCUGGGCCCUGAAACUCCUGUUCGACAGUCUGAGCAUGAAAGAGGACAUCUUGCACCAUUUCUGUGGCAAGCUGUGCAGUAAUAUUUAUGUAUAUAAAAACAUAUUGAUUGACGCGUUUAAGUGUCAUGAUGCUGACUAUAUCUCUGAUCUGGUGACCCUCUUCCUGUCUUUUAAACAAGCGACCAUCCAAUCUGUUAGCAUUCCUGUGCUCAACGUCCUUGUGGAAUCAUGGCACGAAAUCAAAAACAAGGGACUUCAUUGGACACAAACUCUUCACAGCUUUCUACAAAAUAAGGUUAUUCCAGCCAUGGAAAUGUUGAACACUGCCCAGUUUGUAGAGUUACGGAAUAAAUUGAGCCAGCUAAUCUAGGAGAGGUGAUAAUGGACUUAUCCUGGAGCAUGUCCGACUUGAUGACCCACUGAGGGCAGAGAAAGUGGAUUACAAGGAGCAUGUAUAAUUUGAUACCAAUGACUCUGACAUUUGUUCCUCAAAUAAUUUUAUUACAAUGAUCAAAUGUCUCAGUUUUAAUUACCAUACAACCAUGAAUAUUCAGCACAAAUGGAAACUCUACAGCUUUUUUUAAAACAUCUGUCACCUUUGACGAUUUUUCCAAUGUUCGUAGGUAGAGUAUCCUGAAGGAUAUCAAUACUUCAUCUGAAAGCAACUAAAAUGUCGAUGUUAAGAUGUCUAGUAUGUAAAUAUUUUUUGUUACCAAGUUAAAUAUAUGGUGUUUCAGUGUAGUCAAGUACUUGACAAAACAUGACCAAGAACUAAGGGAAGGGAAUGUUCAGUUAGUCCAAUAAGCAAUUGUCAUAUUUAUUUAGUAUUUUAGACAGAUGACCAAAACAUACAGUAUACUUAUACCUGGUUGCAUAGAAUUAAAUUGUACAAGCAAGUGCUACAAAGCAAAGAACAAAUCUGCCAUUUCCAAUGUAAAUGAAGAUAAAUCUGUUUUUCCGAUCACUGUUAAUUAACAUUCUAGGUGGAAAUUGUCCGUUGCUGUUAUUGUCUCAUUGUCAGAAGGCCAGAUCAGCCAGAAUACCCAACACAUUCUAGUUUCAGUACAAAACCCAGCCUGUUUUAUACAGUGGUGACUGAUGCCUGGCCCAUGAAAAUAAAAUCUUGCAUAUGAAAUUUUUUAGAAUCCUUUCAAGGGUGCUGUCUUUGCUUGAGAGUUAAUACUUCUUAAAAAAAAAAAAAAAAAAAUUGCAUUGAAUGGAAUUGUAGCACCGAACACUAUUUUGAUUUUGAUCUUCCGUUCUGCUACACUAUUUGCAAAUCAGCAGAGCAGUGUUGCAACUGCACUGUUUUGACACUGCUAUCUCCUGGUCUUGGUUUUUUGCCUUUUCCGUUUUAAAUUUUGAAGAAGUGAUUUAUUUGCAAUAUGGAAUUUUCUUUCUGAAAAACUUCUGAAAUGUUGUACUGAGAUUUCUCCAAACUCAGUUUUAUUCUUGCAUUUCUGUAUGUGCUUCCUCGCAAAUUUGAGUCCUUUUUGUAAAUUUGGAUCAUUCAGCUUGGAAUUUACAUUUUCUUUUGUCACUGUCUUCAGAAUGCAUCUACAAAUUUUGGUGCCUUUCUAAUUAAGGGUUAUUCCAUGAUGAGGUUUCAAAAAAAGACAAUGACCUCUUUAACUUUUGGAAAAAAUAACAUGCAGUAGACUAUCACUUUAUACCUCUCUUUUAUGGUUGCUAGCAGCCUCUGCAUAUUGAGUGUGUGGUUCUGGCUGUUGGUAGCAGUUUAUAUUUCCCAUUUUUCAAGAAAUAAAACCUUGGCCUGCUCACAGACUAAAACAUUUUGGUUACAGGAGGUCAAACUUGCAAUAGGUAUGAAAUUUCCUUUCUUGUUUUUAAGAAGAACUUAUAUUUUUCUACAGGUUCUAUGAUGUUUGUCUUUGUAAAAUCUCGUU